AUGUCAAUCACUCCUUCACGCGAUAUAUACGACUUGGCGCAAAGAAGACGCAGUCUUCUCGAUUGGCAAUUCCCUCAAUUGGCAUUGAUGCCAUUCGACGAGGUGGCAAAUUGGAUUGAACGCUCUCGACGAACACUUGGUGACGAUAUCAUGAGCAUGCAUAGGAACUUGUUUUCUCUUGAGCCUUUCGCUGCCAUGGAUGCGGCUUUGAACAAGAUGAUGAGUGAGAUGAGUGCCAUCGAGCCUCGUGAAUUCCACCCUGAAGCGGAGUUCACUGAGGUUGGUGCACUGGACUUCCUGAAAGAUGCCUACGAAGUAGGGAAAGACGGCAAGCUCCACUUCAAGGUGUACUUCAACGCGAAGAACUUCAAGCCCGAGGAGAUCACUAUUCGCACGGACAAGAAUAGGCUGAUUGUUGAGGCGCAGAAGAGUGCGUCGCAACGUGGUGCAGUGAUGUCAGAGUCUGUGGGACGCUCAAUCCCUAUUCCUCCGUCUGUUGAUCGCAAACAGCUGAGCUCCACUCUCACAUCG